GUGACAGUACACAGAACUGCGCGUAAAGAUGGCAAUGACGGACACAGAGUGGGGGAGCUCAACUCGAGCCGAGUCUGGGUCCCCAUUCUCUGAGAUAAUUGAACUGAAUGUCGGGGGACAGGUGUAUGUGACACGGCACAUAACUUUGGUCGCCGUUCCAGAUUCGCUCCUCUGGACCAUGUUCAGCAAGAAGGCUCCAAAUGACCUGGCGCGAGACGGCAAAGGGCGCUACUUCUUGGACAGGGACGGUUUCUUGUUCCGUUAUAUUUUAGACUACCUGCGGGACCUCAACCUGGUGCUGCCUGAUUAUUUCCCCGAGAAAAGCCGGCUGCAGAGGGAGGCUGAGUUUUUCCAGCUGCGGGACCUGUCCAAGCGCCUGAGCCCCAGUAUGAGCAAAGAGAACUCCAUCAACGAGGAGAUUUGCCAGAGCGACACCGAGGAGGGUGCGCUUCAGUGCGGCACAGGGUCCUCCAGCGUUGGCAUGGAAACUUUGCGCAUGAUGACUGCAAUGAGCAGCGCUCGCUCCCAGUCUAUGGAGUCCAGAAAGUCGGGCUACAUCACAAUUGGAUACCGGGGAUCGUACACUAUAGGGAGAGAUAUCCAAACCGACGCCAAGUUCAGGAGAGUGGCGCGCAUCACGGUGUGCGGGAAAACUUCCCUUGCCAAAGAAGUGUUCGGGGACACUUUGAAUGAGAGCAGGGACCCCGACCGGCCACCGGAGAGGUAUACGUCCCGUUACUACCUGAAAUUCAAUUUCCUUGAGCAGGCGUUUGACAAGCUGACCGAGGUUGGCUUUCACAUGGUGGCUUGUAGCUCCACGGGCACAUGCGCCUACACCAGCAAUGACCCAAACGAGGAUAAAAUCUGGACGAGUUAUAACGAGUAUGUGUUCUGUCGGGACUAAAAUGUUAAUAUGGUCACCACCUGAGCCCACCCACUGCCAACAGAAAAUUACUGUUUUGUGUUUACUCGUGUAAAUACACAUCUCAUAAUUACCACAAGGAGAAUAGGGCCUGCAUAUUUGAUCUUUGACAUUGUCUCCAGCAUAUAUUAUUCAAUGUCAUUAUUUAAAAUUUCUUUACAUAUUUAAUGGGAAAUAGCCACAGACUAUAGGUCAAUACACAUUAACCUAGAAUUCCGGAUGUUAUCAUAUGUUCAUUUUCCUUGUGGAGAUGGCUAUUGAAUGAAUGAAUUGAAUGACAUUUUACACACACGCACAUGUAACAGAUGUCCCAUGAAGACAAGAAGACGGGUCAUACUUGAUAAAUCUCUUGAGUUGUGUUUGUAAAGAAAGGACUGUCCAGCCAGCGAUCCCAGAUUGGUGUUUAUUCUGAAGAUAGACACAAAGGAGCACAUUAGAUGUGCCGGACAAUAAUAUGUUGAUUGCUGUAGAUUAGUGAUUUGUCUUUUAGCAUGGAAAUAACUGUGAAUUAGCAGGGAGCGACCAUUACAAAUAGGGCAUUCUAGCUAACUUGCUCUUACAGCAAUGACAUACAAAAGCACACCCCAGGAAGCCCUCAAUAUCUAACAGGUAACACACACACACAUAUAUAUAUAUACACAAAUUAUAGAAAACGUUAAGGAUACCUGCUCUUUCCAUGACAUAGACUGACCAGGUGAAUCCAGGUGAAAGCUAUGAUCCCU